AUGGAUGAGAAAAAAAAAGACUUUUACAAUUAUGUGGAUCGUAUGCAUAAAAAGAAUGAAGAAGUACACAAACUUAUUGAGAUUAAUGAAAAGAUAAAAACUGGUGAAAUAAAAAAAUUAGAAGAAUGGGAAAAGGUUCGAAAAAAUAAUGAUAUAUGUAUAAAUACAUUAGAUAAUAUAAAUAAAAAUAAGGAAUUAUAUUAUUAUAAUUUAAAACGAGAAAUAUCUAUUAAAAAAAAGAAAUUACUUCAUUUAAAUUUUUUGUUACAUGAUAUACCUGAGAUCAUCAAAAAGGAAAAAGAAAAAUAUGAAGAAUACAAAAAUGAAUCAUAUAACAAGAUAAUAAAAAUAAUUGAAGCUAUUGAUGAUUCUUAUGAUAUGAAUAAUGUUGAUGAUAUAUGGGAUACAUUAAAAGAGUAUAAAGAAAAAACCGAAAACAUAAAUUAUGACAUUCAAAAAAUAUAUGAUGAGAUAACUUUGUUACAUAAGGAUUAUAAUCAAUGCAAAUAUAAAUAUCAAGAUUUGAAUGAAUUACAAAAUAAUAGAAAUAAUAAGUUAAAAAAAAUAUCUGCAACAUUGCAAUUUAUUAAAAACUUAAAACAAGGAUUAAAUAACAAAAUAAACAAUGAAGAAAUAAGGAAAGUAUUAGAAGAUAUGGAGAAUUUAUACAUAUAA